CCGAGUCACAAUAUUAUGGCAGUAUGUACUUGUUCUGCGUGCUGAUCACUCGUUUUUAAGCUUGUACGUCAGUCCAGUUUUUGAACGUUCAGCGAUCCAGCAGCCACAUCGUCACCUGGACAUCAUCCUUCGCGACAUUCGUCAACCUGCAGAAAAAUGCUGGACCUUCUAGAACUAUUUCUAAUGGUUUUUGUCAUGGUCUUAUUAAUAGUCUUAUAUCAUCGUCUUACAUCUUAUAUAUAAGAUAUAUAAGAUAUAUAAGAUAUAUAAGAUCUAUAAUACCGAGGUUGUAAUGCAGACAUCUGUCGUGGUAUCUGGCCAACAGAAACUCGUGGAUUGCAAGGCGUCGAUAUAUGGAGAGGAGUAUUGUCACUACAGAACGGACUUACUGAAAAUAUUUCGCGCUGCUGACCCGAAAUACCUGGCAAAACUAAAGGCAGCUCGUACAGAGGAUUAUCUUACCGGCAGGCUGGCAUCUGAGUUUCUUCCUGUGGUGCAGAAAGCUCAAUGGAAAUUUAACGCAAUUAAACGAUCGCUGUUAUUCAGACUGCAAUAUAUCACUGAUGUCGUCAGUAUGGCAGAAUUUAUGGAUCUCUCGACGGAUGCGUUCUUGUUAAAGGAUCUGGACAAAAUGUUCUUCUCGUCGUAUCCUGAGAAACAACUGGAUGAAGUGAGGGAUGAGAAAGCUUUUAUGGAAUAUCAAGAACGUGCUUCUGAGACAUCCUUUAAACGUCAUGGUAGGGACGAUUAUCAUUUUUAUUACACAUACGAGGGUGGUUUGAUAAGUAACUUGGUUCGCAUACUAAUGGAGAGCGACAGCGACAUUCGUAUACGUGGUCAUAAAGUUUCCUUCUUAAGGAUGAAUAUUCUACGAUCACAAGUCAUUCUGAUGCUAAUUCGUUGUUUUACAAUUACUUAAACACGAGCGUUUUAAGUGCCACUUAGAAGUGGGUAAAAUUGGAAUUCGCGGUGUAAUUCAAUUAUUUUUUCUGGAAGGGAAAACAGCGAAGUAAAUUCAUAAGAGAAUCUUGCCUACAUUGGGUGACUCCUCUUGUUAUAAAACUGUUCGACUUUGACUAAAUGAGUAUAUGCGUGAUAGAACAAGCAUCGAAGACGCACCACGUGAUAAAGUCAAUGAUAUGGUUUUGGCUGUCAGCCGAUUAAAAGGGCGCGAGUUAGCAGAGGCCACGGGUAUCUCAACUGAGCGGGUUCAGUUUAUUUUGCAUAAUGAAUUAGACAUGAAAACACUUUACGCAAGAUCUGCCGUGUCUGCUCACUCCGCAGUUUGGAAGUGUUCAAGAAGAAUCCAACAGAUUUUUUGCGGCGUUUUGUGACCAUGCAUGAAACUUGGAUUCACCACUAUACGCUGGUAACAAAAUGAUAGUUUAAACACAAGAGGCAAAUGCAUAUUUUGAGGGUUUCGAAUAAACCCACUUCCGCGAAAGAAUUACGAACCUGGAGAAACGUUGAAGCAAGUGCGUUGAACUUCGACGGGACUAUGUCGUAAAGUAGAAUACCUCGCAAAACUCUAAUUGUUCUAUUUAAUAUGAAGCCAAAUUAUUUAUCAAACCACUAUCAUAUAAUUAAUCUUAUUGUUAAGAUUUAUUAUUAUUCCUAUUUACAUAUACCAUGACAUGUUGGUUUAGAUUUGAAUAACGAUGGUUUUUUGAUGAAAGCGAGAUAAGGUUGCAGCUCUGUAAUUCAGCGGCUGAAUUUGUCGGUUUAUACUGUAAGAAAUGUGAAGAACUAGAAAAUAUGAAACAAAAAGCGCUUGAAAAAGUGGAUCUUAAUCAGGAUGGUCGCGCAAGGU